CACACUGGAAGAAGGGCGGAACAUAACAACACCAUAUCUGAAUACUGUCACAAGGCAGAAGCAACCCAACAUUCUUCAGUAUUUGUUUUUUACGUAGCCACAGAGCUUCCUCCCCUCUCAAUGCUGCUGUUCCGGGUUUCGGCAGUACGCCAGACGGUAACGAAAUGGGGACGGCGGUCACAGCGGGGAGACGGCCUCCUUCACCGUGCUCUCUCCUUCAGUUCCAGCCGCUGUAGUGGUGUCGGUUCAAGAGAAGGCAGUGCUCAGCCUGCGGAAUCAGCGUCUGUUCAGGGAUUGUACCGAGACACAGUGCUCCUUCCCCGGACUGAGUUCCCAAUGAAACUGACGGGACAGAAACUGCUGGACCGAGAGCUCGAGAUACAGCAGGAGUGUGGAUUUGCAGAUUUGUACUCCUGGCAGAGAGAGAGGAAGGUCAAGAAGGAGUUCUGUCUUCACGAUGGACCUCCAUAUGCCAAUGGAGACCCUCAUGUAGGACAUGCACUCAAUAAGAUCCUGAAAGAUAUCCGUAACCGUUUUGAGAUGCUGAGGGGACGACAGGUCCAUUACAUUCCAGGCUGGGACUGUCAUGGCCUGCCCAUUGAGCUGAAGGCUCUGGGGGAGUUGGGGACCAGCGGCCUCGACCCACUCCAGAUCCGACAGAAAGCACGGGCAUUUGCAGAUGGGGCCAUAGCCCGUCAGAAGGCUGCUUUCCAGCGCUGGGGUGUGAUGGCUGACUGGAAUCAGUGCUAUUACACCUAUGACGGGGCCUAUGAGGCUGCUCAGCUGAAAGUCUUCCAGGAGAUGCACAGCAAGGGGCUCAUCUACCAGGACUAUAAGCCAGUCUUCUGGUCUCCUUCAUCAAGAACAGCUCUAGCAGAGGCGGAGUUGGAGUACAACCCUGAGCAUGUGAGCAGAGCCAUCUAUGCUACAUUCCCCCUGAUCACAGUGCCACCUAAAAUAGCCAUAGAAGCAGCAGAUCUGGAAAGUGUCUCUGUGUUGGUGUGGACCACCCAGCCUUGGACCAUUCAUGCCAACCAGGCUGUCUGUUACAUGCCCAAUGCCCAGUAUUCUGUGGUGAAGAAGGCCAACACCUCUCAGUUGCUCUUAGUGGCUACUGAGCGCACAGCCAACGUGGCAGCACUGCUGGGCACAGAGCUGGAGAGUGUAGGCACCUUCAUGGGCUCCCAACUUGAAGGCGGGAUCUGCAGACAUCCCACAAUUCCUGACAAGGAAGUUCCACUAUUGCCAGCCAAUCAUGUGACUAUGGCAAAAGGAACAGGACUAGUCCACACAGCACCAGCUCAUGGCAUGGAGGAUUAUAGUGUGGCUUCACAAUUCAAACUGUCUGUUGAGUGUAUGGUGGAUGAGGAUGGCAAAUUUACCGAACUAGCUGGCCCUGAGCUACAGCAUCUGUAUGUGAUGAGAGAAGGGACAGAAAAAGUGAUUUCCAUGCUGAAGGAGUGUGGGGCACUGGUAAAGGAGGAGCGGUGUGUCCACAGUUACCCAUAUGACUGGAGGACAAAGCAGCCUGUUGUCAUUAGGCCCAGCAAACAGUGGUUUAUCAACAUGGUGUCACUUAAAGACAAAGCUAAGGAGGCGCUGCAGAAUGUUAGUAUUUUGCCAGAGUCAGCGCGGGGCAGCUUGCUAGCCAUGCUGGACAGACGGACCUACUGGUGCAUCUCCAGACAGCGAAGCUGGGGUGUCCCAAUCCCCGUCUUCUACCACAGAGACACUGGAGAAGCUCUAAUCAACAAACACACAAUUUCCCAUAUAGCAAAGCUCUUCAAAGAAAAGGGUAGUGACUGUUGGUGGGAGCUUCCUAUCGAGACUUUGCUGCCAGUAGACGUGCUCAAGAAGAGUAAAGCAGGUCCAGUGACUGACUACAUUCUUGGAGAAGAUGUCCUAGACAUCUGGUUUGACAGUGGAGCAUCAUGGGCUGCUGUACUAGAAGAGGAGAUAGAAGGGGACACUGAGGAGUCCGAGUCACAUCUCAGCUGGCUCCCUGCUCCACUUCGCAAACCUCUGGUCGCAGAGUCAGACUCCAGGGCAGAUGCAUACAUGGAAGGGAAGGACCAGAUUGGAGGCUGGUUUCAGUCCUCACUGCUCACCAGUGUAGCUGUCAGGAACAAGGCACCGUACAAGUCUCUGGUAGUUCAUGGCUUUGCUGUCAGUCAGAAAGGAGAGAAGAUGUCCAAAUCUCUGGGCAAUGUUGUGGAUCCUGAUGAAGUCAUUAAUGGAGGGAAGGACCCCAGUAUGCCAGCCUAUGGGGCAGAUGUGCUGCGUUGGUGGGUGGCAGAGUCAAAUAUCUUCUCUGAGGUUCAGAUCGGACCCACUGCGCUCAAUUCAGCCAGAGACAGCAUCAGCAAGCUGAGGAACACUCUGAGGUUCCUGCUUGGAAACCUGCAGGGAUUUGAUCCACAUGUGCAGGCUGUGGACCCCAAAGAGAUGCACUACAUUGAUCAGUACAUGUUGCACUUGCUUCACGAGUACAGCAUCAAGGUGACAGAUGCCUACAGUGAGUUUGAUGCUAGCAGGGUCAUCCGUGUCCUCCAAGCUUUUGUCACAAAAGAUCUCUCCAGCUUUUAUUUCAGCAUCAUCAAAGACAGGUUAUACUGUGAUCCAGUGGACUCUUUGGUCAGAAGAUCAUGUCAGACAGUUUUAGAGAAAAUUCUGGAUGGAGUGACCAGAUCCAUAGCUCCCAUUCUGCCACAUCUAGCUGAGGAGGUCUAUCUGCAUGCACCAGGACAUAACAAAGGAGAGACAUUAUUCAAGAGCGGCUGGAUCAAAAGCAGUUCUUUGUGGCGGCGACCAGGAUUGGAGGAGGCAGUGGAAGGGGCGUGUGCCAUCAGGGACUCCUUUCUGUCUUCCAUUUCAGGCAAAAAUGCAGCUCAGUAUGACCUCACCAUUGCCAUUGAACCCAGUUUGCUGUUUGAACUCAUGGAGUCUCUUCAAGAGGAACCCACCUCUACCUCCUCACAGCUGGCCGAGCUGAUGAUGGUAGCGCGGGUCAACCUGACCAAUGAGGUACCUCGCGACCUGCCACCGGAUGCCCUGCUUAGCCACGGUACCUUCCUCAUCAACCUGGAGGGCGGUGUUAUUCGUGAGGACAGUGCCUACAGUAUUGCAGUGGUGCCCACGUCUGCUGCCCAAUGUCCACGCUGCCGCCGCUUCACUGCAAAGUCAGAAGACUGCCUGUGCCUGCGCUGCCAGACUGUCAUUUCACAGGCUCACUGACAUUGUAUCACUGUAACGACCAGCAAACAUCACUUUGCCCAUUUUGUUUCCCUGCUUUGGGUGAAGGUGCUCUGCAGUUACUUCAGAUUUCACUCUUGUUAUGCACUUGCACCUCAAUAGAACAGCAGGUGUGAACUCUAGAGCCAGAAUAUCCAAGGUGGCCUCAGUCAAUUGGCUUGAAUGUGCUAGUUAUACAUUUGAUCUUGUACCACCGAGCAAUCUGAUACAGCAUAAGCAAGAUUGUUUACUGUGUAUAUAGUUGGAAAUUGAAGAUAUUGACUUGAUUUUCAGUGUAGAAAGGAUGCCAUUCAGAGGUCUUGUGUGUUUUUUUUUUUAAAUGUGUAAAUACAUGGGAAAGGAAUUCACUACCAUGAGUGUCACUGUGUGACAAGAGUAGCGAAUUUAUAUUGGGUGUGUUUAAGUUCUUCUGCCGUUGUGUAAUAAAUCCUGUUCAUUGUAAACUUUUCAAUAAAAUAAAUAAAAAUAAAUAAAACAUGUGAAAAAAAGUCUAAAUUAUGAUGAGAUGGAGUUCUAUGAACAUGUUAUGCGUGUCAGCAGAAGGGCGGAUUUUAUCAUAUGAAGACAUUUUCUAUUUAUCAAAUUGCCAAACAAGGGUUGCAAAAUAAAUGUAUUCGUGUUGAAUCUAAAUCAGUUUGUUGACAAGAAUAAGUCUUAUCUUUUACAAGCAUAUGUAUGGCUUCAAAAGCAAGAAUAUAUGAAUAAAAACCUUUGAUAUUC